ACAGUAACCAAGGCGAAAUUUGUUUGCUUCCCACACAAGCUCGUCUGAGGAAAGGAUCACAAAGUCAGUGGGCUAAUUUUUAGCUUACAGUCAAAUCUCAACUUUCUAAGCCAAACCAUGCAGAGUGUAGCCUUUGUAAUAAAGUGAUUUACUUGAAAGACUAUUCAAAGAAAGCGACCAUGUAGAGAAUUGGUAUCCUGUUAAUACUCAAGUUAGUGUCAUCCUAUUAUGUUUAAAUCAGUGUGAUAUUUGAGGUUCUAAUCAUCGCAUCAGAAGAGAGAGGAUUUCAAACGACUAUAAAAUGCCUUUCAACAUGGAGCAUAUGACAGCUUAUCAAAAGGGCCUAUACAAGGAAAGACAUGUCUGGGAUAAAACGUCGGAAACGUACAAUUCAAAUAUAUUUCAAAAUACUCAGAAUGGAAACACUUCAUCGGCCUGGUAAGUUGUAUUUUUAAACACUGACAUGCAGGACUAGAACUCCAAUCGAAUUUCCCCAGGAUUUGACCGUAUUUUUACACUAAUUUACUCCGGUUAACUCGAUUAACCCAAACUCCUCGCUAACUCAGAACAAAUUUCAUUUUCUCUUAGCCAAAUGUACCCGGUUAAUUAACUCGACUGUAUUUUUGAGACGUGAAUCGGCAAACCUCAAAAUGCCACAACAUGGCACAUUGACAAGUCGUUAAAGCUUGCAUUUCCACUCAGACAACAACUUAAUCGGAAUAAAUAAUUAUAUACAAACGUAUAAUACAAGUCGAUGAAGUGAUAAAAGGCUCAACAAAAUUCCGUCAAUCAUUAUUGUCCGUAGUUUUGUGGGCAAUUUUAACAACUGACGACACGCUUGCCGGGCAAAAAAUACGUAAUUUAGCAAAAUUUGUUACAUAAUUUAUUGAAAAGUAACUGUUGUAAGAAAAAUUUUGAUAAAUUUACGAAAAUAUUGCUGAAAAGUUGUACAAAUUACGGCACUUUAGUUCGGCAACAAUUUUUGGAAAAGAAAUAUUAAUUAGCGACGGAAAUGUUCGUCAGGCUACCUUCUCCGCAGGCCAUACAACCCGUAAUGAGUAUGCCCGUUCGCAGGUUAAAAUUUGAAAUCUGAGACGAAGCUGCUGUACAGCCGCUGUACAUAACGAAGCUGCUGUACAUAAUGGAUGCGGAAUUUUGCGCGCGGAGCGGAAUUUUGCUUUGUCUUGUGAUUUCUCGGGUGGAACUAAUUAGAAAGGACAAAGAAAUAUUCCGCUCCGCGCGCAAAAUUCCGCCUAGUGGAAAACCGGUUUAAAGCCUGCCGAAUAACAUGUCGAUUACUUGGCUUAUUGUGUCGAUUACUCGGUUGGAUCUGAUGUCUUCAGAAAUAUGGCACAUCGUCUGCCAAUCUUUAGCAAUCCUGUUUUGCGAGUACUUUCUAAAUAUAUCUUGGAAGUUAUGGCUGAUUGAGCUGAUAAAAGCGACGAGGAGAUUCAAAUAAUGGAGGGUUUUACAAGCACAAGCGACAGUGAUAAUAGACGUCGUGAAUCUAUCAUUUGGCCAAAUGGGAUGUCUUGACUAUAUACAGGGACACCGGAACUGGGGGGUCAGGAGGGUCAGCUGCCCCUCUUGCCUUUUGCUAUGUGGGGCAAGGGGGGCAGAAGUGCCCUUUUAGUUGUAAAAUACUACCUGAUAAAUCACAUUUUCAGUGAUCCUUUUACGGGCAAAAUCAUGAGAUUCAGGUAAUUUAUAGGCCCAGAGAAAGUUAAUUUACAAAAAUAAGUGUGAAUUUGGAAAAGAAUGAGGUUAAUUUAGAAAAAUUUUAGAAAAUUUUUGGAUUCUAGAAAAAAAGUUGGAUAAAUGGAGAAAAUUGCUGAUGUCCGAAAAAAAAUUUUUACGUCACGAAAAAUUUUGGUAUGUCCGGAAAAAAUAUUUGACCCCUAAAAUGGUACACUGACCGAAAUUUUUUUGGCGACGGGGGGGAGGGGAGAUCCCCCCCAAAAGUUAAUGUAAAAAAAAAUUUCAGGUAAAUUUCGAACUUUUGAUCUAUGGAGGUGCCCUUUGGUGUGCGUCUGCCCCCCUUUGCCUUUUUAUCGUUGCGGCGUCCCUGACUAUAUACACACGCAUUUAAAUAGUUACACUGUAUAAAAGACAAAUAUAAAUGGAAUAUAUUUCGUGGAUAAACGGCCGCAUGCCUGACAUACGACGUGUUAUAUAAAAGCGCUGCGUGUUUGUAAUAUGCAAAUUAUAAACUCAACUGAUAUUUACUAUCUGCUUCUCUUUAUAAAUCAUUAUACGCUUGUUUGUUCAGUGUCCACUGUCUUUAUGUAUAUUGCGGAUACGAAAAGCUGUCAAUAUCAGAAGUAGUUAAAUAACAUUGUUCUGGUAAAUAAUUUGGCUUGUGGCUCCCGCCAUUUUGGAAAAUUAGUCCACUGGCCUUUCCGUUUCCCACCAAUUAUAUAUUUUUGAAAGGCCUGCGGAGGAGGUAGUUCGUCGGGCACGACUUCGGGCACGACUUCGGGCACGACUUCGGGCACGCCCUUUUAGUCGGCCAAAGAACCCUCCCUUCCCAGCGGAAAUAGCGAAGCUAUAAUACGUCCCUGAUUACUGAUCAAGCUUAUAGGCACUAUUGUUAGGACUGUUUAACAACGACUAUAAUUAUAUUAACAUAGUAGACGAAAUCCAACACCGCUAACUUGAACAAUUUUUCGCUUCUCUUGGGUGCAGGGCCGUACACAGCGGGGUGGGGGAAGGUGGCAAGGGCGCAACUGACCCCCCCCCCAGAGAAAACUAUAUUUACGAUUUUUAGAAUGUCAUUAUUAAUUAUUCUUUGGAUAUUUGGGACUUUAUUAAUUCGGCAUAUAGGCUUUACUGCCCUCCUAGUAAAAAAUCCUGCGUACGGCCCUGCUUGGGUGUUCUGGAGUUAGUGGAGUUCUACUGCAUGUGGAUAACGGUUACUAUGAGGGUAAAUAUUGUUUAUUUGUCAACCGAUCGUUUGACGAUAACGAUUUUUGCAGUAAUUAAUUAAACAUACGAUCCAUUCAUCGAAACGCAUAGAAGCUGGCCGGCUCAAUGGUAGAAAUUAUGUAUAUGUAUGCCUAAAACCAAAAUAACACAUCCCAAAGACUAUGUAAAAUUAAACUUCGGUAGUUUUGAUUCAAUUUUUAGCCAUUUGCUAAACAAUAAUCUAUGUUUUGAUAUAUGCAUGUUUAAUUGUAAUGUUGAAUAAGCUAUAAAAUAAGCUAUCCAUGAUACUCAAAUAUAUGCAUCAUUAGCAAGUUUCACAGAACUAGUACCAAAACUUAAUAGUAAGGAUUUAAUAUAGUCAAUAUAGAAAAUAUAGUCAAAUUGCUUUCCCAAAAUAAAUUACAACUUAAUCAUAACAAAUAGACAAAAGUGAUGUUUAUAGUUUCACCCUAUAACCUCAAAAACACAGUUGGCAAUGACCAAGUAAAUAAUAAACCCGUCACACGAUAUUAAUCUUCAUUUCGAUGUUUGGGAGUAGAACUCGAUGAAAAGAUGAGUUGGGAAAAGCAUAUAGAUUCAAUAUGUAAAAAGUCGGCGCAGGUAUUGGAAUUAAACCGUUUGUACCAAAUGAAAUUUUACAAAAUUUGUAUGAUGCUCUCGUCCUACGAUACUUUGAUUACUGUUCACCCUUAUGGGACAGUUGUGGAACUAUGCUUAAAGAAAAAAUUCAAAAACUACAAAAUAGAGCAGCAAGAGCUAAGACAGGUGCCAAUUACGCAGGGGUGUAGGAAGCAUCAAAAUUUGGGGGGGGGGGCACCGGUUUUGAGGGGCACUUUUGGAAUGAAAAGGGCACCUAAAAUAUUUUCCCCGGAAAUGUUGGCGACGGAGUGGGAAGAAGGGGGUGGGGGGAGGUAGGGAAGGAAAAAUAAAUGCAAUCAUAAAUCAAAGGCCAUUGAGGCCGACCCACGGAUGAGAAUUAAAGCAGUUUGUCGUGUUCCAGCCCAAUUUCUGGUUCUUAAUGGCCCGAUUCGCAGGUAAAAAUGCGCGCAAAGCAGGCUGGUCAUUUCGCAUUGUUUAACUGCCCCACAUUCAAGUAACCACAAAGACUCACAGACAUAUUUCACGAAGCAAAGGGCACUUUGUCACCGGAAAAAGGGCAAUUUUUGUGUCUUCUGAAAAUUUGGGGAGCCUUGGUCUCCCGGUUCCUACGCCCCUGCAAUUACGACGUUAGCUCUUCGGACUUAAUUACUGAAUCUGAACGAUAGACAAAAACUGAACAAAUCUGUCCUGAUUUAUAAAUAUUAAACUAAACAACCACUCUCGUCCAAAUCUAAAAGAUAAAUAUAUUAGAAGGGAUACAACUCUUUAAAAAUUAAAUAUUAAAAAUAAUCAAUGUCUGACUCAGUUGUUGCAUUUAUCAGGUUUUUGAACCUGGUUAAGGAUUCUGUUAACUUUGCCUCCGUAGGUAUAGGCUGUUCCAUAUAUGCACAGCACCACUGUACCCAAACUUUUUAGACUAUUUUUAUAAUAGAAUGAUAUUUAUGUAUAUAAUUAUAUUGUGUGACGCCUCUCAUGAAAAACAUCUUCGAAUGAUGAGAGAAGCGUGGAUAAAUAAAGUUUUAUUCCAUUCCAAAAUAAAUUGAUUCAUGGUAUUAUUGAAUAUUGGAUUAUUUUUUUAUAAUCACCUUGAAUACUAAUUAGCUGAAAAGAUGGAGGAAUACUCGGAAAAAAUAAAUCGUUGUUCAAAGGAAACGAAACAGAAAAAACUUUGUGUUGGAAAACCUUCUGCACCACGAAUUAACACGUCGAAAGUCGGAAACUAUGUCAGAUAAUGUCCUCGGACGCUGUGCGUCCUCAUCCUGGCCAUAAGACUUCGGAGUACGAAGCACGGAAUGCGGAGCACGGAGCGUGGACAUCGCUCUUUAUCAUCAUUGCUUUUCAUGUAGCAGCAAAAUAACACACCCUUUCGUUCCUUUUCUCGAAAUUCACGCUGCAUGUUCGCGCGAGAUGACUUCGUCUCGUUCUCGUGUAAUAAACAGGGCCUUAGCCAAAAUAAUUUUUGCAAAAACGUUUCGCGGGAUUAAAUUCUUUAACAACAUGCUGUGCUCUGACCACUGAGCUACAACGUCCAGUUGCGAUGCGGCACUAAUUAACCACAAGUUCUUGUUCACAUAUAGCCUGCGUAGCGGCCAUAAUAAGCUGAUUUAUGCCAGUGGCUAGUAUCAAGAUUUAUGUAGUUUUCGAAAGAUAAUUUAUCACAAUUUUAGCCGAACUAACAGGGCCGGCAACUGCGAAAAAUGCAACUUUACGCCCUUCACCAUUUAAUUAUUGAUUGAAUGAUUGAUUAACAUUUUCUCGUCAUAUUCUAUAGCAAUGGCCCUCACUAUUAUGGGAUAAGCUAUCGCGAAGAAAAUGUAAGAACGCCCUGGGGUCGAUCAAGAAGCUAUGCCGGUGAUGGACCAAUAUAUUUACCAACAGAACAUAGGCCAAAAUGUGAACCACCCCCCGUGCUUCAAAGAACACAUCAACACUUUGGCAGUGGUCUGUUUCCCCACCCUAGGUGA